AAUAGCCCUGCCAAAUAAAAACAAAAUUAUAAACAAUUGUAAAUUGUUCUUGUACACAAGCUAUUAUUAAUUAUUAUAAACAAAUAUGGAACAGUGGAAAGGUAAAACAGCUAUUGUAACUGGUGCUAGUGCUGGCAUUGGAGCGGAAAUUGUUAAACAAUUGGCAAAACACGAUAUUAAAGUAUUUGCUUUGGCACGUCGUGCAGAACGUCUUCAAGAAUUAGUAAAAAGUGUACCUGGAGGUCAAAUAUAUCCACUUUGCUGUGACAUUAGUAAAGAAGAAGAUAUUCUUAGAGUAUUUGCUGAAGUGAAACGAAUAGCUGGUGGUGUAGAUAUUUUAAUUAACAAUGCUGGGAUAAUUGUAUCAAAUUUUCUUUUUGAUGGCGAAACCAGUGAUUGGGAACGACUUUUUAAGACAAACGUGAUAGGUUUAUGUGUAGCUACACGUGAAGCAUGUAAAUCAAUGAUGGAACGUGAUGUUAAUGGGCAUAUAAUCCAUAUAAAUAGUGUAUUAGGUCAUCAUGUACCAGCAUUUGCAGCAAAAUUGGUAGGAUUAAAUGCUUAUCCUGCCUCUAAACAUGCUGUAACAGGACUAGCUGAAACAUUACGUCUAGAAUUGCUCAAUAAUAACAAUAAUAAAAUUAAAGUGACGAGUGUAAGCCCUGGUUUGGUGGAUACCGAACUCGAUACUGCCGCUAAUAAAGAUUUUAUUGCUAAUGCACGCACCGUCAUGAAGCCUUUGGAUCCGAUAGAUGUAGCAAAUGCUGUGGUUUAUGCUUUGAGUACUCCCCCUCAUGCUUUGGUAGCGGAACUAACAAUUCGUCCAAUUGAUGAACCAUAACUUUGAUUCAUGAAAACUAGAAAAAUGUGAAGAUAUAUAUCAAGAAAUUCAGUUUUUAGAUA